CUUUCGCUUCUCUCUAUCUCUCUCGUUCUAAUCUGCGGCAAUGGAGGAAAUGGAAGACACAGAAACCGAACCACAGGUUUAUAUGGCUUGUAUUCAGCAUGGUCGGAGAGUUGGAGUUUCUUACUACGACUGUAGUGUACGCCAGCUUCAUGUGCUAGAAGUUUGGGAGGAAGAUUGCUCAGAUUUUACCUUGAUUAAUAUGGUAAAAUAUCAAGCGAAACCAUCAAUCAUUUACACAAGCACCAAAAGUGAAGAAUCCUUUGUAGCUGCUCUGCAGCAAAAUGACGGAACUGACGAGACUACCAUGGUGAAGCUGGUCAAGAGCUCAACAUUCAGCUACGAGCAAGCGUGGCACAGACUGGUAUAUCUUCGAGUAACAGGAAUGGAUGAUGGGUUGAACAUCAAAGAAAGGAUUUGUUAUCUGAGUUCCAUGAUGGAUGUGGGCAGUGAAGUCCAAGUUCGUGUCAGUGGGGGCCUUCUUGCUAUAUUAGAAAGUGAACGAAUUGUAGAAACCCUGGAACAAAACGAAUCUGGGAGUGCGUCAAUUGCAAUUGAUUCAGUCAUGGAAGUACCAUUGAACAAGUUUCUUAAACUUGAUGCGGCUGCUCACGAGGCUCUGCAGAUAUUUCAAACAGAUAAACAUCCAAGCCAUAUGGGCAUUGGCCGGGCCAAAGAAGGGUUCUCGGUGUUUGGAAUGAUGAAUAAGUGUGCCACACCAAUGGGUAGACGCCUUUUAAGAAGCUGGUUUAUGAGACCAAUUUUAGAUCUUGAAGUGUUAGAUCGCCGUCUCAAUGCUAUUUCCUUUUUCAUUUCUUCAGUAGAGCUGAUGGCAUCAUUGCGGGAGACACUGAAAUCAGUGAAGGACAUUUCGCAUCUGCUCAAGAAAUUCAACUCUCCGACGUCCCUCUGUACCAGUAACGACUGGACAGCUUUUUUGAAGAGUAUAAGUGCGCUCCUGCACGUGAAUAAGAUAUUUGAAGUUGGAGUUUCAGAAAGUCUCAGAGAACAUAUGAGACGCUUCAACUUGGACAUUAUUGAGAAGGCCGGCUUAUGUAUCAGCACAGAGCUAGAUUAUGUCUAUGAACUGGUCAUUGGAGUCAUUGAUGUUACUAGAAGCAAAGAGAGGGGAUAUCAAACAUUGGUGAAAGAAGGAUUCUGUGCUGAGUUGGAUGAGCUGAGGCAAUUAUACGAGGAGUUGCCAGAGUUUCUGCAGGAGGUUUCAGCGAUGGAGUUAGAACACUUUCCUCAUUUGCAUAAGGAAAAGCUUCCUCCUUGUAUCGUCUAUAUUCAACAAAUUGGGUAUCUCAUGUGUAUCUUUGGAGAAAAGCUUGAUGAAACUACACUUAAUAGGCUUACUGAAUUUGAAUUUGCGUUUUCCGAUAUGGAUGGAGAGACUCAGCGAUUCUUUUACCAUACGCCGAAGACACGAGAGUUAGACAACCUUCUUGGAGAUAUCUACCACAAAAUUUUAGAUAUGGAAAGGGCAAUUAUUAGGGACUUGCUAUCACACACUCUUUUGUUCUCGGCUCACCUGCUGAAGGCAGUUAACUUUGUUGCAGAACUUGAUUGCAUUUUAUCGUUGGCUUGUGUAGCCCAUCAGAACAACUACGUAAGGCCUGUCCUGACAAUAGAAUCAUUGCUUGAUAUUCGAAAUGGAAGGCAUGUUUUGCAGGAAAUGGCUGUGGAUACUUUUAUCCCAAACGACACUGAAAUCAAUGAUAAUGGCCGAAUUCAUAUAAUUACCGGGCCUAAUUACUCAGGAAAGAGCAUAUAUGUAAAGCAGGUGGCUUUAAUUGUUUUCCUAUCCCAUAUUGGAAGCUUUGUACCAGCAGAUGCAGCAACUGUUGGUUUAACUGACAGGAUCUUUUGUGCAAUGGGAAGCAAGUUCAUGACCGCGGAGCAAUCUACAUUCAUGAUAGAUCUGCAUCAAGUAGGAAUGAUGCUCAGACAGGCAACUUCAAGAUCUCUGUGUCUCUUAGACGAGUUUGGUAAAGGCACUCUUACUGAAGAUGGUAUUGGCUUGCUUGGUGGGACAAUUAGUCACUUUGCUACAUGUACUGAGCCACCAAGGGUUCUAGUAUGUACGCACUUGACUGAACUACUUAACGAGAGCUGCUUGCCUGUUUCUGAGAAGAUUAAAUUCUAUACAAUGAGCGUUCUUAGGCCAGACACAGAAUCUGCAAACAUGGAAGAAAUUGUUUUUCUUUAUCGGUUAAUUCCGGGACAAACUUUGCUGAGCUAUGGUCUUCAUUGUGCACUACUCGCUGGUGUCCCGGAGGAAGUCGUGAAGAGAGCAGCCAUCGUGUUGGACGCCUUUGAGAGUAACAACAACAUCGAUAAACUAAGCCUUGACAAAAUAUCGUCUCAAGAUCAAGCUUUCAAGGACGCUGUUGACAAGUUUAUGGAGUUUGACAUCAGUAAAGGUGACAUCCGUGGCUUCUUUCAAGAUAUCUUCACUUCCUAAACCCUUACUUAAAAGUCAAGAUCACCGAAUAGAAAAUGUAACCAACAACAGUAGAUUUUUAAAACGGAAACCAGUUUUGUAUUAAAACAGAAGUACAUAC